AUGGGGAACGUGGAGAGCGCGGACGGGGAGCUACUGCCCCGGAGCCCGGGCGGAGCCCCCCUGGGGGGGUCCGGGCUGCUGCCCGCGGGGAAGAUGCCGAUGCCGGAGCCCUGCGAGUUGGAGGAGAGGUUCGCCCUGGUGCUGAGCUCCAUGAACCUCCCCCCCGACAAAGCCCGGCUCCUGCGCCAGUACGACAAUGAGAAAAAAUGGGACCUGAUCUGCGACCAGGAGCGGUUCCAGGUGAAGAACCCUCCCCAUACCUACAUCCAGAAGCUGCAGACCUUCCUGGACCCCGGCGUGACUCGGAAGAAGUUCAGACGGAGGGUGCAGGAAUCGACCAAAGUGCUGCGGGAGCUGGAGAUCUCCCUGAGGACCAACCACAUUGGGUGGGUUCGGGAGUUUCUCAAUGACGAGAACAAAGGCCUGGACGUCCUGGUGGAGUAUCUCUCCUUCGCGCAGUGUGCUGUGAUGUUUGAUUUUGAGGGUCUGGAAAGCGGCGAGGACGGCGCGCUAGAAAAGCUGAAAUCCUGGAGCAGAUCCAUCGAGGAUCUGCAGCACCCCAUAACCCUGUCUGCCCCCUUCACCAACAGCCUCGCCCGCUCUGCGCGCCAGUCCGCCCUACGCUGCAGCACCUUGCCCAGCAGGAAGGCGCUGAAGAACUCGCGGCUGGUGAGCCAGAAGGACGACGUCCACGUCUGCAUCAUGUGCCUGCGGGCCAUCAUGAACUACCAGUACGGCUUCAACCUGGUGAUGUCCCAUCCCCACGCCGUUAACGAGAUCGCGCUCAGCCUGAAUAACAAGAACCCCAGGACCAAGGCCCUGGUGCUGGAGCUGUUGGCGGCUGUCUGCCUGGUGAGGGGAGGCCAUGAAAUCAUUCUCGCUGCCUUCGACAACUUCAAAGAGGUCUGCAAAGAGACGCACCGCUUUGAGAAGCUCAUGGACUAUUUCCGGAACGAGGACAGCAGCAUCGAUUUCAUGGUGGCCUGCAUGCAGUUCAUCAACAUUGUGGUGCACUCGGUGGAGGACAUGAAUUUCCGGGUGCACCUGCAGUACGAAUUCACCAAGCUAGGCCUGGAGGAGUUCCUGCAGAAGUCGCGGCACACGGAGAGCGAGAAGCUGCAGGUGCAGAUCCAGGCCUACCUGGACAAUGUCUUCGACGUUGGGGGGCUGCUGGAGGACGCGGAGACUAAGAAUGUGGCGCUGGAGAAAGUGGAGGAGCUGGAGGAGCACGUCUCCCACUUGACGGAGAAGCUGCUGGAUCUGGAGAACGAGAACGUGAUGCGCGUGGCGGAGCUGGAGAAGCAGCUCUUGCAGCGGGAGAAGGAGCUGGAGCUGGUCAAGGAGACCUUCGAGAGCACGACGCAGCAGGUGCACACGCUGCGCAGGAUCAUCAAGGAGAAGGAGGCGGCUUUCCGGCGGCACUGUGGCUCCUGCCAGCCCGGGGAGCCGGGGAGCGACCUGCUGCCGCCCCUGGAGGGUGAAGGAGACGUCCCCGACUACGACAUCUGCCUCCCGGCCUUGCCUCCUGUGGAGGCUGCCCCCCCGCCCCCACCUCCCCCACCCCCUGUGCCCCCGCCGGCCCCGCCACUGCCAGACAAGUGCCCCCCUGCCCCUCCGCUGCCUGGGGCCUCGCCCUCCGUCAUCCUCACCGUGGGGUUGUCAGCCAUCCGGAUAAAGAAACCCAUCAAGACCAAGUUCCGCCUGCCCAUCUUUAACUGGACGGCCCUGAAACCCAACCAGAUCAGCGGCACCGUCUUCAGUGAGCUGGACGACGAGAGGAUCCUGGAGGACCUGGACCUGGACAAGUUCGAGGAGCUCUUCAAAACGAAAGCUCAGGGCCCGGCCGUGGAGCUGGUCUGCGCCAAGAGCAGGGCCUCGCACAAGGCGGCCAGCAAGGUGACGCUGCUGGAGGCCAACCGGGCCAAGAACCUCGCCAUCACGCUGCGCAAGGCGGGCCGCAGCGCCGAGGAGAUCUGCAGAGCCAUCCACAUGUUUGACCUGCAGACGCUGCCGGUGGACUUUGUGGAGUGCCUGAUGCGGUUCCUGCCCACGGAGGCGGAGGUGAAGCUGCUGCGGCAGUAUGAGAAGGAGCGCAAGCCGCUGGAGGAGCUGGCGGACGAGGACCGGUUCAUGCUGCACUUCAGCAAGGUGGAGCGCCUGGCGCAGCGCAUGGGCAUCAUGGCCUUCCUGGGCAACUUCCACGAGAACCUGCAGAUGCUGACGCCGCAACUCAACGCCGUCAUCGCUGCCUCGGCCUCCGUCAAGGCGUCUCAGAAGCUAAAGCACGUGCUGGAGAUUAUCCUGGCCCUGGGCAACUACAUGAACAGCAGCAAACGCGGCUGCGUCUACGGUUUCAAGCUGCAGAGCCUGGACCUGCUGCUGGACACCAAGUCGACAGACCGGAAGCUGACGCUGCUGCACUUCAUCGCGCUGACCGUGCGGGAGAAGUACCCGGACCUGGCCACCUUCUGGCAGGAGCUGCACUUCGUGGAGAAGGCAGCAGCAGUGUCCCUGGAGAACGUGCUGCUAGACGUGAAGGAGCUGGGGCGUGGCAUGGACCUGAUCCGGCGUGAGUGCAGCAUUCACGACAACAGCGUCCUGCGUAGCUUCCUGGGCGCCAGCGAGGGCCGGCUGGAGAAGCUGCAGAAGGACGCCAAGACGGCGGAGGACGCCUACAACACGGUCGUGCGCUACUUCGGCGAGAGCCCCAAGACGAUGCCCCCCUCCGUGUUCUUCCCCGUCUUCGUCCGCUUCAUCCGCUCCUACAAGGAUGCAGAGCAGGAGAACGAGCAGCGGAAGAAGCAGGAGGAGGUGCUGCGGGAGAAGAUGCUGGCUCAGGAGGCCAAGAAGUUGGAGAAGUGCCCGUUGCAGAGGAACAAGUGGCAGCAGCAGGAGCUGAUCGCGGAGCUGCGCCGGCGCCAGGCCAAGGAGCACCGGCCCGUCUACGAGGGCAAGGAUGGGGCCAUCGAGGACAUCAUCACAGUGCUGAAGAGCGUCCCCUUCACGGCCCGAUCCGCCAAACGGGCCUCUAGGUUCUUCUGCGACCCGUCCCACCACGAUGAGUCUAACUGUUAG